AUGGGGAGCAGGCAGGCUGUGCUCUCGGACCUUCCUGUUCAACAAGUACCAGAAACCAGCAAGAACGUCCUUCAACACCCCCACCCGCUGCGCUACUUUGGCAGAACGGCCAGGGACGAAGGCCUGGCACGUACAGGAGGGAAACGGAAAUGGUUCAUCAAGCGCGUUCCGGACAAGCGGCCCAGCCCGUUAACCCCGCCGUCCACCCCUCCCAGCCCGUUACCCCCGCCGUCCAGCCCUCCCAGCCCGUUACCCCCGCUGACUACCCUCCCCAGCCCGUUACCCCCGCUGACUACCCCCCCCCCCGUUACCCCCGCCGUCCAGCCCUCCCAGCCCGUUACCCCGCCGUCCACCCCUCCCAGCCCGUUACCCCCGCCGUCCACCCCUCCCAGCCCGUUACCCCCGCCGUCCAGCCCUCCCAGCCCGUUACGCCCGCCGUCCAGCCCUCCCAGCCCGUUACCCCCGCCGUCCACCCCUCCCAGCCCGUUACCCCCGCCGUCCACCCCUCCCAGCCCGUUACGCCCGCCGUCCAGCCCUCCCAGCCCGUUACCCCCGCCGUCCACCCCUCCCAGCCCGUUAUCCCCGCCGUCCACCCCCUCACCCGUUACCCCGGCUGCCCAGCCCCCGCCCACCUCGGGAACCCCGAGCCCCCCACCCCCCGGGACGCCCCCCAUCCGCCCGCCCCCGCCCGCGGACCCGACCCGAGGGCUAAGUGUUUACGGCCCGGAAAGCACGUCUAGUCGUAAAGCACUUGGCUGCCGCGGCGCUACCGCACGUCGUGCCGCCGGGGCCUCUGGGCACACCUGGAAUCCGAGCCCGCUCCUUUCCCCCGGCCUCCGCGGGGAAGCGAGACGCCUCGGGUUCGGAAAGUGUUUUUCCAAGUCCUCGCCUCGGGGCGGAGCUGCUUUCCGCGGGCCCCGGCCGCCCGGCUCCGGCCCGGAACUUCCGCAGCUGCCCCAGGCAACGCUCGCCAACCUCCGGGAGCCGGAAACGCGGAGGGCGGAGGAGCCUCUUCCGGGGGCUCUCUAG